AAGAAGAGGCGGCGGCGCGGGAGAAAACUAUGCUGGAAGGCUUCCGCGAUGAACGACUCUGAAAGGAAGCAGUUCCGUUCCGUGGAAGAGGAAAGAGAUUACUGGAAGGAGGUGGCCAUGAAAUACCAGCAGUGCGCCGAGAAUGCUCAAGAGGAGUUGCGGGAGUUUCAAGAAGGAAGCCGGGAAUAUGAAGCCGAGCUGGAGACCCAGCUGCAGCAGACGGAAUCCCGGAACAAAACCCUCCGGUCAGAGAACGGCCGGCUUCGGAUGGAGAUGGAGGCUGCCCAGGAGAAGCUUUCGGCCCAGCAGUCGGAGGGCUCCCGGCAGAUCUCAGCCCUGGAGGAGGAGCUGGCCCAGACCCGUGCUGUCAAAGACCAGCUGCAGAAGUACAUCCGGGAACUGGAGCAGGCCAACGAUGACUUGGAGCGAGCCAAGAGGGCCACAAUUAUGUCUUUGGAAGACUUCGAGCAGCGCCUGAACCAGGCCAUCGAGCGGAACGCCUUCCUGGAGAGCGAGCUGGACGAGAAGGAGAACCUCCUGGAAUCGGUGCAGCGCCUGAAAGACGAAGCCCGAGAUUUACGCCAGGAGCUGGCCGUGCAGCAAAGGCAGGAGAAGCCGAAGGCAUCGAGUCCAGGACCUCCGGAAGCGGAGCAGAUGGAGACGGGCCUCCAAGCGACCAGGUUGCCCCCUUCCACCCCCAGAGGACCGAGUGGGGGGCGAAGUGCCCCCGGGACCUUCAGGAGAGGUAUGGAGGACAGCUUCAGCGCCACCCCACUCACACCAGCGGCCCGGAUUUCGGCGCUCAACAUCGUGGGAGACCUGCUGCGCAAAGUGGGGGCCCUGGAAUCGAAACUGGCCUCCUGCCGCCACUUGGUGUACGACCAGAUGCCUUGCCGAAGCGCCUUCCCCCCCUCCGUCUGCUUGGGCAGAGAUGCCGUGGACCGGCGGCUGAGUGGGCCACACGGGUUGGUUCAACGGCUUGAGAUGGGAACACCGCCCUUGAACGUCCCGGGGCCAAUGGGCCUCCCGCCCCACGGAGUAGUCCAGAUGCUUCUCUGAAGGACCACAAAGCGGGCGACCACUGGAGACUUGGGACUUAAUUUUCCCCCCAUUCGUAGUAGGAUAUUAACAGACCAUAACUCACCUGCGGCACAGGGGAAGAGGUGGGGCGAAAGGCCCCGAACAGAGAGAAUGGAGUGCAGCAUCUUCUCCCUGCUGGGGGGAGUCAUCAGGCAGUGCCAGGAGGGGGCGCUGCUGCAGCAUGAGGAACAGCCUCCCAGCGAGGAAGGCGGACCCUACUUUGACGUUGUCCAAAGGGCAGGGAACAGUCUCACACUCACCCACCCCACACACUACUUCAGCCCCUUUCCCCAGAUACUUGCCUGCCCGAUUGAGCCUUACAGAUUUCUGCUACUUCGUAUGUAUAGAGAUGUUCCCCUGGCACCCACAAGUUGUGGGGGGAGGGCUAGGAGGAUGCCGCUUUGCCGCUGCACUCUGAACCUGGCCGCAAAAUCCACUUGCUGGCCAAAAAAAAAAAGAUUGUAGGAGGGAGGCAGCCACAUCUUCUUUGGGGCCGAGAGCCUGGAUUUAUCCGGCAAGCCUCAUUUUCCCUCUUUGAGGAUUUUAAUACUGCUGGACUGUGCAAGGGGCUUAGUUCCCUGUUUCUCUCUUGCGCUGUCUCUCGCCAAGUGCCUUUUGGACUUCUAAGGAACCUAGAAGCGGGUGGCAAGUUUUUAUUAAAAGGGAGGCGGUUCCUUUUGCAUGCCUGCGCGCACGGCCGUUCUCGCCUGAUGCAUGUUUGAAAGGUUGCCGGGAUUUAGCAUCAAGUUUUAUACCA